AUGAAAAAUCAUGAUGUUGCCGCUCGGAAGUGUGCCAAGUGCCAUCACGUCUUUUCGAAAGUCGAGCACUUACGACGGCAUCAGCGAUCACAUACUGGCGAACGACCUUUUAAAUGCAUGACUUGUGGAAGGACAUAUGCGAGAAGUGAUGUUUUGAACCGGCAUAUUCGUAAUCAUCAUUUAGCGUCGCAAGGCGUAGAUGGAGAAGCUACCCGGCAAAUCCAGUCCUCGAAUGAUGAAUUGACAGGGAGGAACAACCUCCCGCCAGGUACGGAAUCUGAUGGCACGCAUAUAGAAACUGGAAAUUUCUCUUCAGACAGGCCUUCCUCGUCGCCGCGCAAUACUCCACUGGAGUGUCCGACUCCACGGGAUCUUGUUAUCAAUGAUCCAGCAGGUGAUGAUUGGAACAACAGGCCUGUUGAUGACAUGCUUGAAACACAAAUUCCAUGUACCGUGGGCCUUCCCGACUCCCUAGAAAACGUUCGCGCAUUGGAAUUUACAGACGACCAUCAGCCACUGCAACUCACGGCUAUCUCCACUCCACCAGUUUCUACUUCCUUUCAUGCGCUGAUCGACCCAUCCCUGGGGUUAACACAGCCAUCUAUUACCAAAGACACGUUUGAUGCCAUGGCCCUUGAUUUGGACUUCGGCUCUGCUUGGCUAGAUGAUCUGCUUUUGACACCAUCAACUUCCGGGGGACGGCGGCUAAAUCAUCCGCAUAAAGAAAACAUCUCAAAUGAACAAUUCGAGCAGGUGCGCCGUCACUGGCCUACAAGGCGCCGGAAAGCCACGUUGUCCCCAUCUCCUGUGUGUUGGGAUGACAUUCUUCUCCAUUCCGAAGACAAUAUCUUUUCCUCGGCUUCAUUAAAGUCCAUCUCAACGCUUGAUCCCUCACCACAGGUCAAGUCGCCUUGGGGAUUCACAGAGGCUUGUCGACAUCGUUUAGCUGAAAGUAUGAUUGCAUAUGCGUCGCACAGCGCAAAUCAAACAAAUGAUUCUCACGUCAUACCUUCGCCCCGCGAUGGACCAUGGAAUGGCGAACCUCCUCCCACUGAUAUUCUGGACCUGUGUCUCGAUUUGUACUUUGGCCAAUUCCACAUUCAUUUGCCCUUUGUUCAUCCGGGAACUUUCAAGGCUUGCCAUACCCCCAGUAUUCUACUGUUUCCCAUAUGCGUGGUGGGUAUGAUGAUCCUUGACAGAACCGCUGCUUACAAAAUUAUUGCCGAUUAUUUGCCGGGAGCUAUUCACCACUGCAGAACCGAGCUUACGUCCCAUGCCAUUCGACAUUGUUCAGGUCCUGAUUUAUUCGCUGUCUUGGGUAGCGCCUGUCUGAUAUUAUUCAUUGCUGCGUCGACGGCUGAAAUAGCGUUUGAAGACCAACGACAAGCACUUUAUGAAGAAGCAAUAUCUAUGGCUAAAAUGAGACGUGUUUUUGAUUCGCAUGACUACGGCUAUACUCUCGUACAAGCGGUAGGAGAUGAUAAUGUCAUGUGGAAAUCAUGGGCUCGGAUCCAGUCUGUUCAACGUCUUACAGGCUGUUUGAUCUUAGCCGACGCCUACUCGGCACAGAUGCUGGGACUUGCACCUAUCCUUUCGCCCGACAUUGUUCAAUUGCCACGUAUAUGCCCGGAUCCCCUGUUCACGGUGUAUUCUUCACGUCAGUGGAAAUCUAAAACUGCAUUCAAUGACCCAUGGAAACAUACCGCCUCUGUGGUGCUCGACAUGCAGAGCCCUCCUCCGGGGCUGACUCGGAUGGAGCUCCAAACAGCUUUUGCAUUAUUCUGGCUUCGUAUUCUCAACCACCGCCAUCGACCACGAAGAGAGCUGGUCCCUGUGCCUGAAACCGGGAUUCGCACCGCUACAUUAUCACAUGAAAAUCCGGAGACCGAUAGUGAGCAGUCUUUUGAAUCUUGUCUAGCAUUGGCUUUCGGCGUCUAUGAGACGGAGUUAAAGAGCGAGGAUGCAAACUCGCUGAUCCUAUGGCAUUAUUUAUGCCUUCGUCUCACAUGUGAUCUUGCUGUGGUUGAGGAUGCAGCCGGUCGGAAUGGCCCUGAAGCUGCCAAGGAAGCUGUUGAGAAACUGAGGUUAUGGGCCAGAUCACCCGGUGCUCGUCGUGCCUGCCUACAUGCGUCUCAGAUGUACAUUGCCAUUAAUAAUCAUCGCAAGUCCCACGGUAUGAUGCUUCAUUCUGAAAUGGCGUUGUUUCAUGCAGCGCUGGUUCUGGGAUUUUAUCUCCUCGCGGCUCCCGACUGUACCUCUAGCGAUGAUGCAUGCUAUGACAUCUUUGAGGAAGUCCCCUGGGGCCAAGUUGGGACAUUGGGUCUAUCCUUGCGGUCUCUUGAUCAGGAAAUCUUUUCCUCGGUCUCAGGAGCAGCUGCAUUCAUUCAGAAAGGGGGACCGGUUUCCUUCCAUGGUGCAGAAUACUGCAGUCCCUACGGUGCGGCUCGGAGAUCAUUUAUGAACUUUGCUUCUCAACUCAAGGAAGUGGGCAAAUGGAAUGUGGAGGAGUAUUGCAAAGUACUGCGGAUAAUUAGUGACACCCUUUUAACGCCUGAGAGACAAGACACUGAAUCAUGA